AUGGACACCCCACAAGAUCAAUAUCACUACAUGCCCCUGCCUAGACAAGGGUGGUUCCGGCUGCUUACCAUCGAGCCAGCAGAGGCCUCACAGGUCAUUUCAUGCAGGCUUGACCACUAUGAAAUAGACAGUUCUGCCUCAUAUGAAGCCAUUUCAUAUACUUGGGGCGACGAGAAGUCAACAAAGUCCAUGCUCGUCAAUGGCAAGCCGUUCCAUCUCCGACCAAAUCUAUUCUCUGCUUUUCAGGCCAUGCGUAAUGCCAACACCCCGCGCACCAUUUGGGUUGACGCCAUUUGCAUCAACCAAGGCGAUAUCUCGGAAAGAAAUAACCAAGUCCGGCAGAUGAACGACAUUUACUCCAAGGCCGAGGUUGUAAACGUCUGGCUUGGCGAGUCAACAGAAAGCUCAGAUAUCGGCAUCGACUUCCUGAAAAAGUUUCAUUCGCUCAUGUUUCAAGACCGAAAAGAACGUAUGCCAAUUGUUGGGUCCACACUCGAGCCUGGAGCCAAGUCUUCUGCCUAUCCUCGCUCCAUCGAGUCAUACAGCGAAGUUUACGAACCCAUUCUAUCCCACGACUGUCUUGUCUCCGGUUUAGACCACGCAGUUGCUCUUCUAUCCAGACUCUGGUGGAAAAGGAUGUGGACCUUGCAAGAGAGCGUCCUCUGUCCAAGAGUAUUAUGCUGGUGUGGCACAGAAACAUUUCCGAUCCAUUAUCUUUAUGACCUAUCAUACUUUAUCUACUUCUCUGUCAACUUCAAUUGCUGGAAAGGGUCUGCGAUUGACCCCGAGGUUUCACUGAGAGCAGUUUGGAGAGCUGCAGAUCUCAGCCAGCGUCUGAAGACCAGAAGAGGCAUUCGAGUGGCUUUGGCUCUCGAUUCCACUUGGAAUCGAGCGGCAUCGGAUCCAAAGGAUAAGGUCAUUGGACUUUUGGGUUUGGUAGGUCGUCGCCCUGACCUCGAACCUGAUUAUUCUUGGCCUGUUGAAAAGGUCUAUAGAGUGGCUAUGCGAGCGGCGUUGGUCGAAGAUGGAAACCUUGACUGUCUUGGAUUAAUAUCGGAAGACAGACAAUCGAGGAAUGAGAAGCUCAACUCUUGGGUCCCGGAUUUUGGGGCUCACAAUGAACCAUUCUCCGACUACAUAACCUCGUUAACGAAACCCAUCUUUUCACCACGACCUUAUGACGCGUCGCUUCGCGACAACUUCUCGCCCUCCAUCAGAACAGAAAACGAUGAUUCGACUCUGGUGUUGAAGGGACUAGUUGUUGAUUCGGUUCAGAAAGUUGGCGAGAAAGCGCCAGGUUGGAAGGGCCAAGACAGCAGCAAGUGGGCAGACACCAUGCGCUCCGUGUUAGGCAGAUGGCGUUCUCUCUUACCUGGCGCUGGUUAUUAUCCCACUGGCGAGGAAUAUCAUCAAUCUUUUUGGAGGACGGUCCUGGUAGACCUCAAGCAGGGCGAGCAUCCGAACCCGUCAAGUGCCAUCGGGCCGCAAAGACUCGAUGAUCUAGAAAAACAGGAGUUAAUUCGGCUCGACACGUCUGAAGGGCUUGAAAAUCUUCUGAACACUUGGGCCGCUUGCAUUCAGAUUGAAUAUCGGCAGCUGCGUCUUAUUGAGCAAUUUAACAGGCGAUUCUUUAUCACUGCUACUGGCUACUUUGGCCUGGGACCGACUGAACUCGAGCCUGACGACGCUAUUUGCAUUCUUCUUGGCGGGGGUGUUGCGUAUGCUCUCAGGGAAAAUGGAGAUAGUUGGCGCUACAUUGGUGAAUGCUACGUUCACGGGAUUAUGGAUGGGGAGAUUAUACAAGCCAUGACUGUUAAGUCAUUUCGGGAGUUCAGAAUUGUGUAG